GGUCUUAGGACUGACGACCUUAUGAUGAUGAUGAAAGACAGUUUGGUGUUAAUAUGACUUGUAGGAUUCGUGAGUUUCUGCAGCACUUAUGACUAGAACGGCUCCCAUCUGAGUUUUUCACCCUUGGAAGUCUUUUUCUUCCCUAGAACUUAUUUUUUUGACCCACAAAGUGAUAUUCAGCGAUUCAUACGCCUACAAAACGCAAAUCGCGUGUUUUUACUGUAGUUCUGACCCUAUAUCCUAUAUAAAAGUGAAUAUAUUUGAACCUCCCUCAACUGUAUGUGUUGCUGGGUAUUUUUCCAAGGAAAGCGAGAUAUUUGUAGAGGUACAACCCUAAAAAUCAUUAUCUAGCUCGAAUAGCAAGUUUUUACCGCAUUGUGGAACUGUUUUUCCCACCUAGAACUCUGAGAUGCCAAAAAAAAUUUUUGAACAAAUUCUUUUAUUUUUCAUUUUUUUGAUUGUAUCAUAAAAAAUACAGAACCAUCUAUCGGCACAGUCCAUUAACAGCUAUAGAACAAUCUCUAUAGAACACAGAACAUAAAAGAAAAUGCAAAAUCGAUGAAUUAGGGGUGUCAACGUCCUAGCAUCAAUUAAUCUAGAUACCAGCAAAAAUUUAAUUACGUAUUAGCGUUUGACAGUCUGUCAAUUAAUUUGUUGGUAUUCACCAUUAAAAGAGGGUUUAUAUUCAUGAUGGCGCCCGAAUUAGUGGUAGAUUCUAAAAUACGCCUGUGGGUCUUCCUUCCGAUAUUUAUAAUAACAUUUCUGUUCGGAUUACUACGUCAUUAUUUACUGAUAAUGAUAACCAAUCAGAAAAAGUUCGACCGGCACCAAUUGCAAUAUUCGCAUGCGAUCUUGAGGGUGCAAGCUCUACGUGAAAAUAACAAAUACAUUCCCAACAAGGCCUUUCAGUGCAGGAAGAACUUCUUCAACGACAAAGACGUUGGAUAUCUGACGCAGGACAGUGUGACUCUUCAGCAAAAUUUGGCGAAUCCAAAUUUGUUAUUAGAUUUGUUGAAGGGGAAUAUGGCCAACGUUUUGCCCAUGAUUGUUUUAGGGGGAUGGAUCAGUUGGGUGUUUUCAGGUUUUUUAACGACAAAGUCCCCGUUUCCGUUGACACUUCGUUUCAAGAUUAUGCUACAAAAGGACAUAGAGCUUAUGCAUCUAGACCCAUCUUGGAUUUCGUCUGUUUCGUGGUACUUUUUAAACUUUUUUGGUUUGCGAAGCAUUUACACUCUGGCCCUUGGUGAGAAUUUCGACUCUGGUAGGCACGACAGAGCAAAGAACAGUACAGAAGAUCAAGUUUCCAAUAUGGUAUCGAAUUUCCCAAUGAAUUACAAAGUUAUUUUUAAAGCUGAAUGGGAAGCUCUAGAGCUGAUACAUCAUCAGUGGAAAUUGGCAAAAGUAGAGUACAAUUUUUUGAAAGCAUAGACCUAUUAAAACGCGUAUAUAUUGGAUUUUCUAGUGUUAUCUUUUUGUUGUUAAUAUAUCUGAUGAAUUUAUCUCAUAAUCUUAAUUAAUUGUGUGUUUUAGAAAAUACCACAAAUGGCGCAGUAAACGCCAUCUAUAGUACCUUCGAAUUAUUUUAUUCAAUUG